CGGAGGCGGCCGAAAGACGACUCUUUUCCGAAACUAGUUGAAGUCUCUCUAAAGUGUGGAUAUCCAUUCUGCCGUUGUCGACAAACUGUGUUUGGAUUAACCGUCUUAUCGGGAAUAAAUUGUUUUAUUACAUAUAGUGGUUGACUGCAGCUUGGGCUCUCAUGCCCUGUCUUGUGAGUGCUGCUUGGCCUGCUGAGCCCACACCUGUGUCUGUACUGGACUGCAGCUGAAGCAGGACUGCAGUGACUGGGCAGGUUGUGUUAGUGCCUGCAGUGGUGGAGGUGGGUCGUCAAAGGGCCCAGAACCUCGGCUGGCAGGCAAAGAGGCCUGUACUCUCCCAGCCACACAAAGAUGAACAAACUGAACUUCCACAACAACAAAACCAUGCAGGACCGCCGCUGUGUCUGUGUCUUUUUGCCCAAUGAUGAUACUCUCAACAUUAUUGUCAAUGUGAAGACUUUGUGCCAAGAACUGUUAGUCCAGGUGUGUGACCUCCUCAGGCUGAAGGACUGUCACCUUUUUGGGCUCAGCGUCAUUCAGAAUAAUGAACACAUCUACAUGGAGUUGGAUCAGAAACUGUCCAAGUAUUGCCCCAAAGAAUGGAAGAAAGAAGCCAGCAAGGGCAUUGACCAGUUUGGGCCUCCAAUGAUCAUUCACUUCAGAGCACAGUAUUACGUGGAAAAUGGGAGGCUGAUCAGCGACCGGGUAGCCAGGUACUACUACUACUGGCACCUGAGGAAACAAGUGCUGCUCUCGCAGUGCAUCCAAAGAGAGGAGGCCUACUUCCUCCUCGCAGCCUUUGCUCUUCAGGCCGAUCUCGGCAACUUCAAACGCAACAAGCACUUUGGAAAGUACUUUGAACCCGAAGCCUACUUCCCCCAGUGGGUGAUAGCUAAGCGUGGCCGUGAAUACAUCCUGAGGCAUAUCCCGAACAUGCACAAAGACCAGUUCGCUCUCACAGCUUCAGAAGCACACCUUAAGUACAUUAAGGAGUGCGCCCAGCUUGAUGACGUCACAGUGCACUACUACAGGCUCUACAAGGACAAAAAGGAAAUUGAAGCGUCGCUCACGUUGGGACUGACUUUACGUGGAAUCCAAAUAUUUCAGAACGUGGGCUCCGUGAGGCAGCUGUUGUACGACUUCCCCUGGACCAACGUGGGGAAACUGGUGUUUGUGGGGAAGAAGUUUGAAAUCCUUCCUGAUGGUCUGCCCUCAGCUCGUAAACUCAUCUACUACACCGGCUGCCCCAUGCGCUCUCGCCACCUCCUGCAGCUGCUCAGCAACAGCCACCGUCUCUACAUGAACCUGCAGCCUGUUCUCAAACAGGUUCGUCGACUGGAGGAGAACGAAGAGAAGAAGCAGUACCGGGAGUCGUACAUCAGCGACGCCCUCGAACUCGACAUGGACCAGCUGGACAAGCGUUCCCGGGCCAGCGGCAGCAGUGCAGGCAGCAUGUCCCAUCACAAACGUCUGUCUCGCCACUCCACCACCAGCCAUGGCAGCUCACACACAUCAGGCAUUGAAACGGACAGCUUCAGGGCCCCGGGUCAGGCCCCACACAGGCCCCUACGAACCUGCAGCUCUUCCACAACCAGCCACGGGAGCUCGCACACCUCCGGCAUCGAGAGCAGCGGAAAGGAGCGCAUCCUUGAUGAUGACGAGAUUGAGAUGCUGGUGGACGACCCCAAAGAUUACGAAGAGCUUCAUGAGAUGGCUUUGGACCAGGAACUGUGUAUCCAUAUAACUGAGGACAUGCUGACAAUGUCACCUGAUCAAACUAAUGGAUACUCAGGACUGAUUGUAAAAGAUGUCAGCUCCUCCACAUCCAGUUCCUCCGAGACCGUCGUCAAGAUGAGAGGACAGAGUAUUGAGUCUCUACCACAGACAUCUGCAUGCAGUAAGCCUCAGUCUUCAACAGACCGCCACAGCCAGUCACUGGACGACAUCCGGCUCUACCAGAAGGACUGCCAGCAGUGGGCGGAGCUCUGCCAGGACACCGCCCACAGCUACACAUUCGGCUGCGCUGAAGAGCUGAGCGACAGCAGCGGGUACCAGGGCCUGGCCGAUCAGCGGGCAGGCAUGCUCGGCGAGCAGCACCCGUUUCCCAUCAAGAGGACCAACAAGUACUUCUCUCUGGACCUGACCAACGAAGAGGUGCCCGAGUUCGUGGUGUGACAGAGGCAGAGAUGAGGCGGCCACACGGUGAAGCGUUCGCUCCCCCCCCCCCUUUGUCAGAUGUGGAGUUGUCUCAGGCCUCAGGGAACGAGAGAGGCGCUACAGGUGCAGUUUGACAGCAGCCAUGAGUGAAGUGGCGACAAGAAGGCUCGCCCUUCACGUACCACCUGAGACGUUUAACACAUUGCAAACAGACAUGGAGGAUUCAGGCUGAAAUAGGAAUUCUAAGAAAGAGCACACGGCUUAAGAGAGUCUGUGUUUUUUUAAUAUAACCUGAACUGCUCCCCUGUGUCAAAGGAAACUAAAGGGAUCGUGUCAUCUUCAUGUUCAUUUAAAUCUUUCUUCUCCAACUCGUUUUUAUCAGCCACACCUUGUGUUUGCCAGCUUUACAAAGUCAUGAGGAGACUGUACAUACAUGUAGACGAACAGCAGACAGACUCAUGCACAGACAUGACGAACAUUUCAAAGAUCUUCUGUGGAGGAAGCAACCGACAAACUCCCCCUUGACCUGCAACCAAAGAAAAGAAAUGGAAAUGAACUGAAACAUCUCUUACUACGUUCACAUAACAGGACAUCUUACUGAGGGGGAGGACGGACCCAUGAUUUUCUUUCUUUUUGUUACCACUUCAUUUUACCUCAACAGGAAGUUUGGUAUGCUAACUUUCCUCAGACUGGACACACAACCGUCGUGCCUUCACUACACUAUGCAGAUGCCAAACGCUCGCAUUGACAAUCACACACCCUCACAUCAGUCAAUUUUUAACGCUUCAAGUCAUCAGAAUUUAAUGCUCUGCUUUAUUUUGAGCGUUUAAUGCACACCUCUUCUGCAGAUCCAGCUAGUUUUACAUAAUUUAAACAUCAAAAAGUCAGACUUCACGCCAUCUUAAGUCCUGUGAAAUCUGGCCAGGUUUCCCUGGAGGAAUGAGGUUGAGUGAGUUCCUACGUGUUGAGACUUGUGUUAAGUUUGUGGCCACAUGAGUUCCUGUGUAAUCUAAAGUCAAAAUGGAGCCUGAUUGGCUGCCAGCCAAAACAAACUGCACAUUUUACACCUUUUACUCACCUACUUUUCUUUUCUCUAUUUAAAAAAAGGAAAAAAAUUAAAUCUGUUCAAAUUUUUAAAUAUUUCACAUCAUCAUACAAGAUAUGUCUUUUAGAUGUAUUUUUAUAUGAAUUGUGUUUGUUGAACGAGUAUUCUGUGUCAUUGCGUAUAAGCGAUCAAAUGUGGGAGUCAGUAGUUUCGCUACCAUCCAGAGUAACUGGUCUGAUCUAGAAAAUUCAACAGAACUGAGGCCUGCAGAAGCCGACUGCUUGUGUUAUAAGCUGUUACUCAAUGAUCACAUCUCACAUUUGUACACAUUACAAAGGGAAGAUGUUGCAGGUUAAAAGAACAAAUAAUUAAAGUGCCACAAUUGAGGCUUUAAAUGUUUGAUUAUCUUUGUUUUUUAAUUAAUAAUGGCAUAGUUUUUUAAAGAUAAUUUUAUUUAAAAGACUGAGGUAAAAACAAUUUUACUAAUAUUUCAUUUAGAUGGCAUUUUGACUUGUUUUUGAAAAGUUUUGCAAACAAUUAAAUAUUCAGACGUAUUCACUCUUGUGCCAAAUGUUACAGAUUAAAUUCCCAGUAAAUAUGCCAACACGAUGUAACUUGGCAAACAGAAAACACAAAAUCUGACUCAAAAUUCUCAAAUAAAUAUUAAAUAUCAGACAUUACAUAAAUGUCUGUAAUGUGGUUGAAGAGCUCGGAAACAUUAUUUCUGGUGAUUUGAACUAUUUUGCACAAAUCCAGAACCUGAUAAAUAUUUUACAGUGGAGCAUUUUUGUAUUUGGUGUAAUCUGGAUAUGUCCAACACAGAUAGGUGGCUGUCUCGCCUCACUCUGAAACUGUUUAUGGGGUUAAACCACAUAACCACGAGCCUUAUAGGUGUCUAAAAAUUUAGCAAAUGAAUAAAAAAGGUGUCGUUUUUUUCACAUUUUAAAUGAGGAGGUUCUUACUUUCGCAAAUGUGCUCCAGAAGACACCAGGGCUGCUACGCGUGUGAAAACAGCUCAACAUUUUUAACCUUGAUCCUCCCAUCUGUCCACACUUUAAAAUAUCUCAACUAUUUCACAGACUUUUUAAAGCUGUUAAUUUUUAGAGCUUCAGAUGUUCUGGUUGGUGGGUUUGGACACGCUAGCCUCUUAUGUCCAGUCUUUAUGCUAAGCUAGGCUAACAAAUUUAUCUCACACAUGAGAUGAGCGUCGUUAGUCUGUUCACAUGUACCACAAGGCUGUUCCCCACAAGGUUUCUGGUUAGCAGAAAAAAAAAGAAACUUAAAACCCAAACUGUUCGCUCUCAGUUGCCAAAGUCAGUUAUAACAGUAUGAGCUUUCUUCUCCUCCCAGGUCAGCUUGAAGUGUCUGAACAAGUUUUUUUUUUUUAAUAAUACAUAACACAUACAUGAAUUUGAUAUUGCUGUGUAAUUAAAAGCAUCUUCUAUAUUUCUUACUGCUUGUUUCUACCACUGUUAUUAACUUAGAAUGAAAGUCAAGUAAUAUUUUGAUGAACAAUGUUUCUUAUAUUAAAAGAGAAUGUGUUAAGGUACAUAGCCAUACAGUCAUAACCCAUGUCCCACUUCCUUCUGUGGCGUCAGUAUAUGGUCAUACUUACACUUUACAGAGUCUGUAUGUCUGUGUCCAUAAUCCUUUCUGUGAAAGGAUCAUCCUGCAGGAAAAAUUAAAUGUUUUUGUCACCUUGUUGUUUUAAAAAAAAUUGUUAUAAUGAAGUUUGGGUCUGUGCCUUCUUGGUACUAAUGUCCUCAAUAUCCAAAUAAAUAGGUACAUUUAUCUGUCAAAGUCCUGCUGUUGUCAGGUUAUUUUUAAUCACAUAAGUCACAGUAUCACGACAAUAUAAACACAACAGAUCCAAAUUAUUCCUGCUGGUCCCUCAGCAGUCCUUAAUGUUUCCUGAGAUCAUGCUGCCACCUGGUGGACGUUAUACACCCUCAUGUGUAAAGUGAUAGUUGGCCUGAAGGUGGCAGUAGUAUUUCACACUUGAGACACCCGCUCAUAUCUGGUGUCCUCCGUUCCUUCAGUGCUUUAUCACCCAUCAGCUGGUG